UGAGCGUUCGGGUUCCCGCCAAAAAAGGGUAAGAGAGGGGGAAAAGGGGGACCGAGCAAAGGGCGGCUGAACCGAAGGAGAUCGGAGGGAACUCGCUGCAGAGAUCGAGAUGAAGAAGACGGCGGCCUCCGCACCCUCUCCCGCCGAGCCCUCGCCCUCGCCCCAUCAAGAGCACGGCGACGACAACAGUCUGCAGCCGUUCUUCAUCCUCCAUAGAGCGGCCCCCGACAAAUCCGACCGCAAACCAUCCCGGAGGAGUGUCCCCUCGUCUCCGGCAUCCCCUAAUAAAGCCGUCAACUCAGAUGACCACGACGAUUGCUCCGGGGAUCUCUCUCGCGAGCACUUGCGAAUGGAGGCUUUCCAACACGCCUGGUCCGACAUCGAGACUGCCAUCCAGGGAGUCCUCCAGAGUAUCGACUCUGCUACAUUCGAGGCUAUACAUUCCUGGAUCAGUGAGUCCUUCAGCAUUAUCAGGACGCAUGUUUCUUCUGGCUUUUCUGAAGUUGCGCAGUCUUUCCCUGCCGCAGUAGAUUCUGUCUCUAGAAGGCUUUUUACCGGGCUCAUCCUCACCAAGAACAUGGAGCUGUUUGAUGAUCUCAGGACAUUUGAAGAGGUUGGCCGAUUUUUGAGAUCCCAUGGAUGUCAUGUUGCUAAUCUUUCUUCAAUGGAUUUUGUGGCCAAGAAUGGGAUUGGUGGUUGUAUUACAAGCUUGCUCAGACAGUUUUUAGCUACUAGUGUGGAUGCACCUGACAUGCUUACUUUGUCAUCAUGGUACAACAACCAAGUGAACAACGACACCCCUAUUGUUUUGAUUAUAGAUGAUUUGGAGCGUUGUUGUGGGUCUGUCCUAUCAGAUUUCAUCCUUUUGUUAAGUGAGUGGGUAAUGAAGAUUCCAGUCAUCUUAAUCAUAGGAGUGGCAACAACGCCAGAUCGGUUGAGAAGCAUACUUCAGUCCGAGGCGCUGCAGUGCUUGUAUCCUUUCAAGUUCAAUUUGGGGACUCUGGCAGAGAGAAUGGACGCUGUUGUUGAGGCUAUUCUGGUGAAGCAGAGUCCUGGUUUCUUUAUUAGCCAUAAGGUGGGUUUUAUGAGGAAUCAUUUUGUUAACCAUGGUGGAACGUUGAGUUCUUUUAUCAGAGCUCUUAAGAUAGCAUGUGUCCAACAUUUUUCUAUGGAGCCUUUUAGCUUCGUUCUCAGAGGGCUUAUUGAAGAAGAAAUACAGGGCAGCAAGCAUGGUGCAUUGCCGAAAGCCAUCUACAAUUGUGCUUCUAAUAUUUCACCUUGUGAGAGUAAUAAAAUGGAUGAAGAAGCUGUUCAAAGACUGGUUCCUGAAAUCGCACAACUUAGGAGACUGCACUUCUUGUGGAGCAUUGUGGUCCUGUGUCUAUAUGAAGCUGGAAAGGGCAAUGAGUUCCACGUGCUAGACUUACUGUGCGAAGCACUUGAUCCAGAAUUUUAUGCAUCAAGGGCUCCAGGUUCUUUUACUCAAGAGACUGGACGUACAAAAGCAUCAUCUCCAAAUGAUUGUUUUACACAUCAGCAUAAGUUUACCAUGAGAAAGAAUGGAUUUAUCUCUCAAGCGAUGCGGAAAGUAAGGGAUCUUUCUGAAUCACACCUUCUUUCAUUGCUUAAGAGGUGGGAAAGACAUACUGCAGAUAUUAUUGAGAUCCAUGAAAAGGUGAAGGAGUUGCAACAUAUGUUGAAAUUUGAAAAUUGCCAGCAGGUUAAAAAAGAUUCUGUGGAGAUUGCCAAGAUACGUGGACUGCAAAACAAGUCAAAUCUGGGAAGAGAUAUGAAAAGGGUCAAUGAUAAAGCUUCCAGCUUUCUUGCAUACCUGAUUGAGAAGUAUAUGCAACCCAUUGAAUGCGUGCCUUCUCAUGAGAUUGUUUGCUUUAAGAAUGUCAAGAAACUUCAAAUGGCUUUAGUUGGAGACUCGAGAAGACAGAUUCAGGUUGAUCUUUUGGAAUCCCACAAUAUUCUGAGUUGUAGUUGCUGCAGGAACGAUAAUAUCCUGUUGUCAUCCAUGCAUGAUACAUCAAUCAUGUAUACUUCAUGCCAGGAGCAUGGUGAUCUCGUCAAUCUCCAUGACUGGUACCAAUCUUUCAAAAGGAUUCUUCUAUGCCCAAACAGUAAGAAGAGGCACAAAUUGAAGCAGUCCCCUGUCUUGAAGAAACGAAAGAUUGUUGAUGAUUCUGAAAAGCUGAGUGAAGUGGUGAUACAAUCAAGGUUUUGCAGGGGAGUUGCAGAACUUCAGAUUACCGGGCUUCUCCGGAUGCAAAGUAAAAGAAGACCAGAUUUUGUGCAGAGAGUGGCAUUUGGACUUUGAUAUUUGCUGUUUGUCUGUUCCUGUUUGGUGUACUUCACAGUCGAUAAUUAAAUUUUUUAAUUUACCUAUUUAUGGGGAAAUUACAGAUGGGAAGAGCAUUUGUAUGAUUAUUGGUAAUAUCAGAGAAAAGCUACCUUCUGGUUUCAA